AUGCUUCGUCUACCUAGAGUCCUAAACGGAAACACCAUCAAGGCGUGUACACGUCCUGCCUUUCAACACCAACCUAAGCGUCUCUUGCAAACUACACAGGUAAAGUCACUGCAGGUAAGACCAUACUCGUUUGGCACUUCCAAGAUUCUAGCCUUGACUGCUUUCAGCGGUACCAUGGCAACGCCCUUGAUGUUCAACAAGAAGACAGUCCACUGUGAAGCUGCAUUUGCCACGGAACCAUUGUUUGAAAAGAAAUUGAGUAAGCCGCUCUUGAAUAAGGGAGAACUCACAUUUGGUACGUUUCUUGGUGUUUGUACGGGAUUCUUGAUCAAGAAGGUAGGCAAGAUCUUUGCUGCCUUUGUAGGAACAGGCUUUGUGUUUUUACAGUACUUGGCGCAACAAGGUUAUGUCACAGUGCAUUGGGAUCGUAUGGAAGGAGGUUAUAAAAACACACUAGGUGUAGACAAAGAUGGUAGAGUCUCCACCAAAGUACUUCAAUCCAAGUGGCAAAAGUUUAUGAAUAUCUUGACAAGUAACAUUCAAUUUAAAUCUACCUUUUUAAUCGGUUUUUAUGCUGGUAUGCGUUACGGAUAA